GGUGCAGCAUUAUUGAAUAAACGCAAUGCAGACAAUCCCAUACUUGUUUAAAACGCCGUUGACGGAAAGCAAAGACGUGCGGGCGCCAAUUGUCACGAAACUCCCGCGCCUUCACCGCCAGAAAAUUCAAUAAACAACACAAAGACAUAGCCAUCAAUCAUGAUCGAGUCUCCAUCGGUCCAUCAAUUCCACCGCUCAAGUCGCAUAAUAUAAUAGAGACCAAAAAGGAAACAAGCAUAAAAGUAUAACCAAGUCUCUAAUUCGCUUUGGUUCCAUGCCUAGCUUCUUUUCUCAUUCGUAUAUCGGAUCCGCAAUUUGGGUCAGGCUAGCUCUGCAUUUGAUUCGGAUCUGAAGACGAGGAAGUAGUACUGCCUCAAAAGAUGGAUCCGGUCACACGUAUACCCUAGUCACAGAUCAUAGCAGUAAGAAACGAAGAGAGUUUGAUUGAUUCAACCAGCAAAAACACGUUGCUUUCUUCAUUUCUGAUCCAAUCCCAUGAUGAACGACUAGUGCAGAAUAUCCAUGAUCGACUGGAACAGCAACCCUGAAUUGGAAGUCUUAUUUUCAUUUGGCAAUUGUCUGGUAAAGUUAGUUGGUGUUUGAUAUUAUAGCUUGGUUGGAAUAUUAUUAUUUUUGGUGAUGAGCAACAAGCAGCCAGUGAAGCUAGACGACGACCAAAUCGCCGACCUCCGCGAGAUAUUCCGGUCGUUUGACCGGAAUAACGACGGCAGCUUGACCCAGCUGGAGCUGGGAUCGUUGUUACGUUCACUUGGGCUCAAGCCGGGACCAGAGCAGCUGGAUUCCUUGAUCCAGAAGGCAGACACUAACAGCAAUGGCCUAGUGGAAUUCUCGGAAUUUGUGGCGCUGGUGUCGCCGGAGCUGCUCUCGGCUAAGUCACCCUACACAGAGGACCAGCUGAGACAGCUGUUCAGGAUGUUCGAUAGGGAUGGUAACGGCUUUAUCACUGCGGCGGAGUUGGCUCAUUCCAUGGCCAAAUUAGGGCAUGCCCUCACGGCUGAGGAGCUAACGGGGAUGAUCAGGGAGGCGGAUACCGACGGUGAUGGGAGAAUCAAUUUUCAGGAGUUCGCUCACGCUAUCACUUCUGCUGCUUUUGAUAAUUCUUGGGCUUGACUUGAUGAUCAAGGCUUGUUUGGGAGUUGUACUUGUUUAUUUUCGGCUUCAGGUUAGAAAAAUUUCCAAGAACAUAUAUAUACGAGUCACCAGAAGAUUAUUCCCCUAUUAUAGCAAUUGGACUCCACUGCUAUUUGAUUAUGAAGGGUUAUCUCUAUAUUUCAGAACCUCGUUGUAUAUGAUAAAUUGAUGUGGCAUUUGUAUCCUUCUCACAAUCUUAAAGAGAACAUCCAGAACUCUG